GACCUUUGAAAUUGGGGGGUUUGAAGGCAGAUGCAUAGAACGGUGUUUGGUAGACAGAAAUACACUCUGGUUCAUACAUGUAGGGGAAUCAUGUCAUCGCAUCUUGGAAUACGCUUAGCAUGUCUUCGCCAAUCUCCCGCUGUCCCUGUUUCGGCGUCCUUGUUGCUGGGGAACCUUCUUCCUCUUCGCUCACUAUCAACGGGGCAAGGACCAGGAACCGAGUUAGUGCCCAGAGAUGGAGAAGACGGUGCAAGAGGACUUGGAGGAAUUGUGGGUAUGGUUGCUGAGAAGGUUGGCGUGGAGAGCAAUCAAUUUGCAACUGGAGGCCUGACACUUGCUGUAUUCGGUGCUGUUAUUGCCAGUGCUGGCGUUCUAUGGCGAUACGUGUGGGAAUUCUUGCAAAAGCAGCUCAUUGUAAGCGCCGAGUUUGAUAGUCGCGAUGAAGCGUAUAGCUGGCUUCUAUCAUUUUUGGCGGACCACCCCAUGUCGCAAAGAACGACCCGGUUCAGCGUCACCACCUCUAUCAAACCGGGGCAAAAAAGCGACAGUGAGCAGGGAGAUGCAUAUCUAAAUCUCCCGCGCGUAUACUUUUUACCUUCUCCUGGGACACACCUCUUCACCUUCAAUAAGCGCAUCCUCUGGCUUUCCCGCGAGCGAGCCAAGCCUCCCGCAGGCGGCGCCGCCCCCACGGCUUCCCUCGAGCGCAUAACCAUCAACGUCUUGGGCCGGAAUCGUAAAAUUUUGGAAUCCCUCGUCCGAGAAUCUCAAAGGCUCUUUAUAGAAAAAGAUCGAUGUCGCACCGUCAUAUAUGCUGCGGAUCAGUAUGGUAACUGGCGACGGAUACGGAGUAGACCAAUACGACAUUUGAGUACUAUCGUGCUCGAUGAAGGGAUUAAGGAAUUGGUGCUAAAGGAUGUGAAAGAAUUUCUGGCAAGUGAAAAAUGGUAUGCCGAUCGAGGAAUUCCAUACAGGAGAGGCUACAUGUUCUAUGGGAAGCCUGGGACAGGGAAAACUAGUUUCGUGACUGCACUGGCAGGAGAGCUCAAGCUUAACAUUUAUGUCAUCAGCCUCGCCAAUCGUGGUCUUACGGACGAAACCUUAACAGAGCUGAUGGUCGAUACCCCACCGCGCUGUAUCCUCCUCUUGGAAGAUAUCGAUGCCGCAUUCGUCUCACGUACCAUAACGGGUGCAACCACAGGCGCAGGACAGGGCAAUGCAACCAUCGGAACGAAUGUGACAUUUUCGGGGUUGCUGAAUGCGAUUGAUGGUGUUGCAGCACAGGAGGGCCGGUUAGUAUGUAUGACCACCAAUCAUUUGGAGAAACUAGAUCCGGCCCUAAUUCGUCCCGGCCGAGUAGACCUCAAAGUCCUCUUUGACCUAGCAACCAAGUACCAAGCCCGCGAGCUCUUUAUCCAGUUCUACCCGCACACGAAUGGUGAGCCGCCAUCCGUUCCGGGUAUGUUAACCUUGAGAGCCGAUGAGUUAGUGCAAUUGGCAGAAGCCUUUGCCAAGAAGAUUCCAGAUAGGGUUUUGUCCAUGGCUCAGAUUCAGGGAUUUUUGAUGAAGUAUAAGAGUAAUCCAUGGGACGCGGUGAAGAAGGUCGACGAACUAUUGAAUGCUGUGCAAAAAGGGGGCGCUGAAGAUGUAGUGCCGAUAUUAAAGGAGUUAUGACAUAAAUGUCAUGUAUCAUCUUGAUCAACUGAGUAGGCCAUUUGCUGGCCAUUAGAGGAAUUUAAUAGCAAUGAGGCAUUGGAUAGAAUCAAUAUUUUGAAAAAACUUGCUCACAAUCAAAUACAGACAAAUAUCAAGGCGGUAUUGGUUCCCAAUGCCUACGCCGUACAACAA